AUGAAUGCGCUCGUCCAGUCUUCCUUGACAGACGUCGAAUCAAAACUCAAUGCUCUCUUGACAAGCCUUACAACCUCUCCUACCGCCGCGGGAGCCCCCGUGGCGGCCAUCGCCCUCCUCGAAGCAGACGACGCGUUGGCCUCCGCCAUUAAAACCCUUCGCCAGCACCAAAUAAACCAUGCCAAGAUCCUGCAACUACGGGCUGAAGCACAGCAACUAGAAAAUCAAGUGAAGGGAAUCGUGAGCGACAUUGAAGGCUUCGACAAAGCCAUUCGCACAGCUUGUGCCGACAAUGGUGACAGCGAUAGUGAUUUUGACUCCGACUCCGACGACGAGCUUAGAGGCAAUCAAGCAGUUCUACGAGGAAUCAAAGAGAUUGACUACAAGCUCAUUCUCGACUUCGCGCGCCGGAUCAGCAAAUACAACCACGAAGCAGCAGCCGAUGUUGCAACGGGCGCAUCCGGGAAACGACAGGAAUCAGGGCCUCAGACUAGCGACAAGGAUGUGAAUAUGUCAGGGACUAACGGGGAACAGUCGGCAGAGGAUGGCGCAGAGCCAGUGGCAUCAGUCACCAAAAACGCGACGCAGUGGCUGGACGAGUCAGCGAACGUCACACGCGAGGUUUACAUGCUGCCAUACCCGAUGGAGGAACGGAUACGGAUGGGACUGAUGGCGCAAAUUCAACUUGCCCCUGGUGGUGAUCCUGAAAAGGAGAUGGAAAGAUUGCUCGCCGAAGCGGACGGUCGGGGUGCCGCAGAACCACCAGCAGUGGUGGAACCUGCGGAAAGCACAAAGCAGGCAGGCGAGGCCGCAAAGGCUGCAGCUCACGCUGGCUCAUCCGCUGGAGUGCCGCGGGCGCCUGCACCUUCUGCUCCAGCGCCAGCGCCCAAACCCAAGGCGACCCUGGACCUCGAUCUCUAUGACCCCGACGAUGACGAUGAUUGA